AUGGCGCCAGGACCGAUGCCACCAACUCCGAAGCCGAAAGGCCCGAUGCCGCCGAUUGUGGUCCCGCCCAUCUCGAUUCCGCCGGCCGUCGCCCCGACUUCUCUGUCGAUCGCGGCUGGAGGUCCCGUCGAUUUGUACGAGAGCCAGCACAAGGACGCCAACGAUGCGUGUAUCAAGCGUCUGAGACAAUUGAAUGUAAGCUAUAACUAACUUUCAGCGUUUUGUGAUUAAACAUUAUUUGUUUUAGGUGGAAGACGGCAGGCGCGUCUACCCGGCUCCCAGCGCUCCGGGCCAGUCUGGAAAGACCGUUGAAGUUCAGACGAACAUCUUCGGAAUCGAAGUGACCAAGCAGACGGAGCUCUUCCAUUACGUGGUCCACGCCAAAGCCGAUUUGGCGUCCAACAAGGAGGCUGUGUUCACCAAAAAGGGAAAAGAGGACUACGUUGUUCUGGACCGCAACGAGAAGUGCUGUGACAUCCUUUUCCACGCCAUCGAGACGCAUCCGGACCUGUUCAAGAUGCCUCAUGGGAACCAUAUCGUCUACGACGGCCAGAGCGUCCUCUUCACCACCAUCGACAUCUUCGAAGGCUUCACUGGCCCUACGAAGACGCAUAUCAUCGAAAUCAACGGUGCCGAUACGAAGAACGCGGAUCUGGCGGCGCUGACUCACAUCAAGCUCGAGAUCUUCCCUGGAAAGUGUGGAAAGAUGGCCAUCUCGGGACCGAUUCUGGCCGAGCGCACCGCCGACGGAAAUCUGGAAGUCAACAAUCGCUCCUACUCGCAAUUUCUUGAGAUUGCGCUCAAUCAAAAGUGCAUACGAGAGACGGAGAAUUUCGGAUGCUUCGAACAUGGAAAGGUGUACUUCCUGAAACCGACGAACCAAGGAUUCCGUCCGGCGGAUUGCAUAGACGUCGGAGACGGAAAAGCGCUGUUUCCGGGAGUCAAAAAGACUGUCCAGUUCAUCGAAGGACCAUUCGGACGUGGACAAAACAACCCAUCCGUCGUCAUUGACGCUAUGAAGGCUGCUUUCCACAAGGAGCAGCCGGUGUUGAACAAAAUUCACGAUAUUCUGAGAAAAGAUCCAUCGGCUGGGCUUUCCGAUGCGGACCGAGAUCGUGUGGGGGCGGUCAUCAAAGGAUUGGACAUAUUCUCGAACUACACCGGACGCACCCGACAUCUCAAAAUCGAGGGAAUCCAUCACGACUCUCCGGCGAAGGCGAGAUUUGAGCUGAAAGAAGGAGGAAGUGUGACUGUGCAGCAGUACUUCCAGGACAAGUACAAUAUCGCCCUUAAGUUAGUUUACCGGUUCCGUCAAUAUUUGAUAUGCUGUUCAGGUACCCGAACUCAAAUCUGUUGAUUUGUAAGGAACGCGGAAACAAGAACUACUAUCCGGCGGAACUUAUGACUAUCACGAAAAGCCAGCGUGUCACGAUUCCACAGCAAACGAGCGUGCAAAGUCAGAAGACGACUAAGGAAUGCGCCGUUCUUCCAGACGUUCGUCAGCAUCUUAUCGUUCAAGGAAAGAACGCCACGAACAUAUGCGAGGAGAACGAGCUUCUGAAGGAACUCGGAGUGAAAGUGUACCCGCAGCCAUUGAUGGCCAAGGCUCGUGAGUUUGAGUCGAAGGAGCUGCAAUACGCCACCCGGACAUCGCGUUCGGAACUCGGAAAGUGGCGCUCCCCACAGGACAACUACAUCAAUCCGUGCCAUUUCCCACAAGUUUGGGCCGCCUACGCCAUCGGAACCAGUUCUUCGCAGUUCUCACCGGGCGAUAUGCAGUUCGUGACGAUAUUUUGUUGCUUCUAAAAUUGUUUCCGCUUCCAGAGGAUUCAUCCAGCAAUUCGUCGAGUGUUGCCAGAGGAAGGGAAUCACCGUCGGCCCGCCGGCUGAAUACCCGCUCGUCACGCCAGACAAAAUUGAUGAAAAGCUUCAAUUUGCGAUCAGAAGCAAGUGCAAGUUCGUGUUCGUCAUCACGGAUGACUCGAUCACUCAUCUCCAUCGUUAGUUAUCUGCUAUGCGUGUUCACAAACAACUUUGUUUUCAGAGCGUUUCAAGUUCUUGGAACGCAACAGCGAGAUGAUCAUCCAGGACAUGAAAAUGUCAAAGGCCAUCUCUGUUGUCAGGGCCGGAAAGCGACUGACGUUGGAGAAUGUCAUCAACAAGACGAACCUGAAGCUGGGAGGAGCCAACUACACCGUUGUCGACCACAAGAAGAGGUUCGUUUCCUUACAGGCAUCAUUUUUUGAAUGUCACCUCGUUCCGCCUUCAGCAUGUCCGACGAACAGCUCAUCAUCGGAGUCGGAGUGUCUGCGCCGCCGCCGGGAACGAAAUACUUGGUCGAAGGAAAGGGAUACCUGAAUCCACUGAUCGUGGGGUUCGGAUCGAACGCCAAAGCCAGCCAGGAAUUCUCUGGGGACUUUGUCCUUGCUCCGAACGGACAAGAAGUUUGCAUUUUCAGAAUUUUGUCCUGAUAACGCGUUUUCAGACUAUGGCUUCGAUCGAAGACGUCGUCAGAAACUCGUUGGAUCUCUACAGGAAGUCCCGCAACAACUCUGUCCCGAAGCGAAUCAUCAUCUACCGCAGUGGGGCUUCGGAGGGAUCGCACGGAGCCAUAUUGGCCUAUGAGAUUCCGCUCGCUCGCGAAGUCAUCAGGGACAUUGCUCCAGAUGCCAAACUGAUCUACAUUGUCGUGACUAAAGAUCACUCGUAUCGAUUCUUCCAGGAACACGUGAGAACACGCGUUGAAUUAGGCGGUUCAAAUAAAUGUUUGCAGAUCAAUCCCGGUCUGAAGCCAACCGAAAUGAACAUUCCGGCUGGAAUCGUUCUCGAUCACGCGGUCACCCAUCCGGCUUGCAAGCAGUUCUUCCUCAAUUCGCACACAACGCUCCAGGGAUCUGCGAAGAGUCCGUUGUACACGGUGCUCUACGAUGACUGCAACGCAUCGAUGGACAGACUCGAGGAGCUGACCUACACGCUGUGCUUCCACCACCAAAUCGUCUCUCUGACGACUUCUCUGCCAACUCCGCUCUACAUUGGUAACGAGUACGCGAAGAGAGGACGUGCUCUGUGGAACGAGAAGACGUGAGGAUCCCUUCUACGAUUGUUUCCUUUUGCAAAAUAUGUUUUCAGGCAAGGACUUCCAGUCGAGAUCAACGGAUCGGAACGUGCCCGACUGGAGGAGUUCACCAAGGAGAUCGCCUACAAAUUCACCGAGGACCUCUACAACAAGCGCGUCAACGCCUAA